AUGGGAGCCAGCAGUCGGCUGAGCCCCCGGGCGGCCCGCGGUAGCCUGUCUCGCUCCUUCUGGGCAGGGCCGUCCUGCCGCUCGGUGGCCCCGGUGGUGGCUGCUGAGCCAAGCCCGUCCAAGGUGCUGCCCUUCGAGGCCAUUCCCCGCAGCGGCCACAAUGCCUGGUUCAACCUCUACCGGUUCUGGAGAACCAACAGCUUCCAAAACCUCCACUACAUCAUGCAAAAGAAUUUCCAGCACUUGGGACCCAUCUACAGGGAGACUGUGGGCACCCACAGCAGCGUCAACGUGCUCCUCCCCCGGGACGCAGCCCAGCUCUUCCAGUCAGAGGGCAUCUACCCACGCCGAAUGGGCAUCGAUUCCUGGAUUGCCCACCGUGCGCUACGGAACCACAAAUGUGGCAUCUUUCUAUUGAACGGGGAGGAGUGGCGCUCCGACCGGCUGGUUCUCAACAAGGAGGUGAUCAGCCCCGCGGGCACCCACAAGUUCCUGCCCUUCCUCAACACGGUGGCGGAGGACUUUGUCGAGUUCAUGCACCGGCGGGUGAGGAAGAACACCCGGCGCUUGCUCACAGUUGACCUCCGCCACGACCUCUUCUGCUUCACCUUGGAAGCCAGCUCCUAUGCCUUGUACGGGGAGCGCCUGGGCCUGCUGGAGGAGAGCCCCAGCGCCGAGUCCCAGCGCUUCAUCCAGGCCUUGGAGACAAUGCUGCAGACCACCUUGCCCUUGCUGUUCAUCCCGCCGGGCCUCAUGCGCUGGGUCAACCACAAGCUCUGGCAAGACCACAUGGACGCCUGGGACAUCAUCUUCAAGCACGCCGACAAAUGCAUUCAGAACAUAUACCAAGAAUUCUGCCUCGGGAAGCCCCGCAAAUACUCUGGCAUCAUGGCGGAGUUACUGCUGCAGGACGAACUCCCGCUGGACUCCAUCAAGGCCAACAUGACGGAGUUCACGGCUGGAGGUGUAGACACAACAGCCAUGCCUCUGCUCUUCACCCUCUUCGAACUGGCCCGCAACCCACACAUCCAGACAGCGAUUAGGGAAGAGAUCACAGCUGUGGAGGCCAAGGGGCCCAAGGAGCUCUCCAAGCUCCUGAACUGCCUGCCCCUACUGAAGGCAGCCAUCAAGGAGACUCUAAGGCUCUACCCUGUGGGCAUUACAGUACAGCGCUACCCAACACAAGAUGUGGUGAUUCAGAAUUACUGCGUGCCGGCUGGGACCUUAUGCCAGGUGGGGUUGUACGCGAUGGGGCGCAGCCCAGAAGUCUUCAGUGACCCCGAGCUCUACAGCCCCAAGCGCUGGCUGGGAAAGGAGGACAACAGCUUCAAGGCCCUGGCCUUUGGGUUCGGCUCACGCCAGUGCAUUGGAAGGCGUUUGGCUGAAGCAGAGAUGACGCUCUUUCUCUUCCAUGUCCUGCGGAACUUCAAGAUUGACACCGUUUCCAAGGCAGACAUUAAAACUGUUUUUGGCUUCAUUCUCAUGCCAGAGAAGCCCCCGCUGCUCACCUUCCGGCCCCUUGACUAG